UGGAUAUCUUUGUGCUGCAACUGUACUGCCGCUGUCAGAGUCUGCUCAGUUGUUUUUAUUUUUCUCUCCUUUUUUUCUAAUUACUUUCCGCCUGCGUGUGAAGUGGAAACUUUAUACUCUCUCCAACAUGUCCAUCAGUCGGAAAAACUGGUCCGCUUUGUCCAGCCUGGCACGUCAGUGGACGAUGGAGGAUGAGGAGGAGGUGGAGAGGGAGAGGAGGAGGAGAGGGAGGAGCAGCAGCACCGCCGACCCAGACGAUGACUCCUUCUCAGCACCCAGAAAGUCAUCCGGCAGUGAUGCCGCGUCUGGGACUGAGUCCUCCAGYGAGACGUCCCAAGGCCUCAGCAGCACUGACCAGAUGCAGCUGGAUUUUGUGGAGAUGCUGCGAGUGCGCGACGAGAGGAGGAGGAUGAGACACGUGGAGACGUUGAGACGGCAGAAGGAGGAAGAGGAGGAUGGUGAGAAGGCAACAAGCGGAGGAGAAGGGGCUGGUGGGCUGGCGCUGCUGGGGGACCAGGAUGAGGAGGAGGGGAGUGUGUUCAAACCACAACCGCCUGUAAAACCAUCAGCUGGCAUUCCCAGCUACAGCAACACCAGAACAGACACGGCAACCAAACAAGACCGAAAUGAAGAUGUGGACAAAACACCCUCUUUCCACUCUGGUCAAAGGACUUCCUCUUCAAAAAGAUCCAUUAAGAUGGAGCGAGCAGCAUCACAGCAAGAAAAAGAGGAGUCAUCCAGGAAACACCCUGAGCCCGAUCAGAAACCAGUAUCCAACCCAACUCGCAAGUUUGUCAGACCGCUUUGAAUAGUCCUUCAGCUGAUGGGGUGUUUGAACAAACAGCUAAACCUGCCUUCACCAGACAGAGCUCCAGGACCAUAUCUUUCAGGAUGAUGAAGAAGAAAGAGGAGGAGACGGCACCACUGCAGAGGAGUGCCAGUGUGAGGAUGGCCUCCAAAAAGUUUGAACCUGAUGCAGCAGACCAAAAUGAAGAUGAAGAUAAAACAUCUUUUCAGAGGAACUCGAGACAGAGGAUUUCAUCCAGAUCCAUCAAGGAGAAGAUGGAGAGACUGGCUCAGGCAGCACAGAAAUCUGAAGUGGCUCGGUCUCCAGAUGUGACCCAGAGGACCCUGGUCCUGCUGGAAGAAGUCUCCAGGAAAAGAAGCCUCUUUGAGAAAGACGAGAAGGAUCAGAACCUUACCAGUCCUGGAGCUUCCAGACAAGAAUUUAGAAGCUUCACAUCAGGAAUGUCAGAUCGGGUCAACCACUGGCUCAACAAAAACAACCAACCUGGCUCUCCAAUCAGUCUGGACUUGAGACAUGUGGACAUCAGCAGUAAAAGGAGCCUGUUUGAGAACAGAGGGGAGGAAAGCGUCUCAAAAGGCACCCCUGGAAAAAUCUACAAGUGAUGGACAGACAUUUGUAAAGUCUAACAGAGGAGCCAAAGACUUGGAUUGCUAUUGGAUGCCAUGACUGACCUUUUUGUUUCUUCGAGAAAUCUUCACUGCAUUAAGUCCACAAGAUGAACUGAUGCAAAGACUUUGCUUUAGAUAAUUGAUGGGAGGCUAAAUAUUUUACAGUUUGGAGGCUGUUGUCUGGUACUUUUGCGUUGCUUUUUCUUCRUAUUUCAAAAUAAAAGAGAAAGCUGUUUAAUGAGUAAAGACAAAGUUGGAGGCAACUUGGGAAGGUUAAUGAAAGGGCAAAGAUUUUUGUUGACAUUUUUUUCCAGCUCUUUUUUGGUCUUAUCUUUUAAAUAAUUCAUUUCUCAAGCACUUUAAACAGGUGAAAGUCUUUACGCUACAAUGUUUACUGAAUGCUGGAGUUGUAAUUAAAUUAAAAAUAAAUAAAUAAAUACAUAAAUAAAAAGUUCGAACCACUCUCUGGACUUGUAGGCRUACUUUGCCUUUUCAAGGAAUAAAAUGUUUUACUUUGACAA